AUCCCGGGCUAUGAGUUCUCGGGCUAUGUCGUGUCGGCCCCGUUUCUCUCGCCGUUUAAGCCGGGUGCGCAGGUCUAUGGCCACACCAGCUUCGACUCGCAGGGUAAUGCCCGGCCCUUCACUGUGGCCCAGUUUAUUGAGCUAGCCGUCCAACCGACGCUUCUCUCCUGGGAGCAGUGUGCAGCGGUGCCAAUGAGCGCGCUCACGGCCUUCCAGGCCCUGUUCGACCAGGACCUGCUCAAGCGGCCCGAGAGGAAGGAGCACUGGACGCCCAUGGGCAAAGGCAUGCUGCCCGAGCCCAACCGGAAGAAGCUGACGCUCAUCACGGGCGCCGCCACCCCCGUCGGCACGUGGGCCGUGCAGCUCGCGAACCGCGCCGGCGCCGGCCACAUCGUCGCCACGUGUCCCGCCCGCGACGUCGGCUUUGUGCGGGCUCUCGGUGGCGCGCACGAGGUGCUCAACGAGCGCGCCGAGGGCGACCUGACGCAGUGGCGGCGGUCCAAGUUCCACAUCGUGCUCGACUGCGCGGGCCCGGCCGACAACAUACUCCAGGCGGCGUGGGCCGUGGUGCAGCCGUACGGCAAGAUCGUCAGCGUGGUGGCGCGUGCCAGCGACCACCGGCCCGCCCACGGCGUCGAGCCCGGCGUGGCCACGGGUUACUCGCUCGUCGGCCCGGCGCCCGACGAGCUCGAGCUCAUCAGCUCGCUGCUCGACCAGGGCCUGCUGCACGGCCAGCUCGACAAGGCAAACAUCUUCGACAUAGCCGACUACGCCCGCGCCCUCGACCGCCUCCGCAACCCCGCCGCCCGCGGCAAGGUCGUGCUGCGCGUC